AUGUCUGUGAACCCGUUCCGACCAUUCGAGGGCCCACCAAUCUACCAAGAAGAAUACCGGGGCAACUACGCACCAAAGGUUAUCGAAAAAGAGAUUACUGGCCUCCAGGUUGUGGCACCGGAUACUCCAUACGUGGCAGCGACCGGCACGCACAGCUUAUACUUCAUCGACACCCGGUUCGAUCCUAAGACUGCACAGCACAUCAAGGAACAAAUCGAGAACGCAACAAUGGCGGAUCUGGUAGAGCGCAUCGAUAUAGACGAAAUUCUGAUUACGGCCGCAAGGAGGAACCCUACAACCGGGAAAACAACAUUCGUGUUUGAUCCCGUCUAUGUCAGGGUGCUAUUUGCAAAGGGGAUAAACAGGUGUAACCCGGAGAUCAAACUGCCUGAGUAUCCGUUUGCCGGCGAUUGGGUGGUGAACUACGACCUGGGCGAUGGAGUUAAAGUUCCCAAGGGAGUUGUAAUUCGCAAUGGCGUUGUAAUUCGUAGUUAG